CUCACCAGCUUUACUCAAGAAAUCGAAAUCGAAUUCGAAUUCGUCGUAAUUAUCUCAAUUGAAAAUGUCUCUCAUUCCAAGGUUCUUCGGAAACAACAAAUUCUUCGAUCCAUUCUCACUCGACGUUUGGGAUCAUCCGUUUACAUUCCCGUCUUCAUCUUCUUCAUCGGCUAUAGCGAACGCACGUGUGGACUGGAAAGAGACGGCGGAGGCGCACGUGUUUAAAGCGGAUCUGCCGGGGAUGAAGAAAGAGGAGGUUAAAGUGGAGAUAGAAGACGAUAGUGUGCUUAAGAUUAGUGGCGAGAGGCGCGUUGAGAAAGAGGAGAAGCAGGACACGUGGCACCGUAUGGAGAGAUCGAGUGGUGGUUUCUCGAGGAUGUUUAGGUUGCCGGAGAAUGUGAAGAUGGAUCAAGUUAAGGCUUCUAUGGAGAAUGGAGUUUUGACUGUGACUCUGCCGAAAGUGGAGAUGAAGAAGAAAGCUCAAGUUAAGUCUAUUAAUAUCUCUGGUUGAGCCAUUUCUAUGCAAUGAUGCUUAUGUUUAAUGUAAUGAUCUAGUUAUCAUCUAAAUUGAGAUGAAUAUUUUAUUUAGUCGAA